AAAUAUCCCGUACAUUCCCCCCUCAUCCCUUUACUUACAGAAUCAUCUCAGCCCACAUUUUAUCACAACACUUGUCCAGGACCCCACCCAUAAAGACAUUAUACACAUUUUCACAGUCAGUGUGGAGCUGCAUUUAGGAUCUUUGGAUCUUCGGCACUGGGGCUGACCUCCCUCCAAAACCAAAAGUGGCCAUGACCGAACCCUCUUCGCUGUUUCUCCACCCCUGCGUCUCAUCUGAACUCAAUCAAAUCCAUUAAAGAGCCCCUAACAGUCUUAAUACUGGUGCAGACUUGAAAAUAUGCAGUCUUGGUCGAAUCGUGAAUGCAGUUUUUCUUUCGUUUCUCGAUAUGUUAUCAUGGUUGAGUAAAAACAGAUUUAGAAUGUUACACUGAUCAAUGGGUGGUGCUAUGUAAACAUAACUGAAUGCAGAACUGUUGUUGAACAAUAUUAAAAAAAGUGUUAUGCUAAUUUAUCUGCACUUAGUAUUAAGACUAUUGGACCCUAGAAUUUGAUAUUCUGUGUUUCGAUAGCGUUUCUCUUGCACAUAUGACAGGUUCCGUUUUACUGGAUGCACCGUAACCUUUACCGGACAAUGAUAGGACACCUUCAAGAGCAUGACGUAAACAUGUAUAGAUAGUGAUCGUCUAUUUGUCGCACUUGGCGUUAUGUUAGUGGACUAAAUCAGGUUCUGUAUACGUCCCUUUCUUUAACAGCUGCUACCAGGAAUAGACGUAUAAAUAAAUGACAAUAGUUUGUUGUGCUCAUGAAGGAGUCCAACAAAGGGUGUGUGCAAGAUACAAUAAAAAAAAUCUUAGGAACGUACUGUUCUCGCUUCCUAAGACCAUUGUUGUUUUCUAGCAACGCCUAGACAGGAUAUUGUAAGCUCCAAGAUAUCUUCAUAUCAUCUCCUGAUAACCUGUUUCUGAGAGCUCAUUGCUGGUCUUAUGAACUCUCAUAAACAUGGAUAUCAUUGUGUCGAUCUCUCUCGAAGUGGAUUUUUUAUGUUGCAUUUGUGGCCUAUUGUCUUCGUGUAUUAAAUAAAAAGAAUUGAUAGAAAAAUAUCGGUAGUCCACUGGGAAAAAAAAGAAAGAGAAAAAAGAAACCGAGAUAAAAUCAGACAAAAGACACGGGUAUGAGUGUUCUGACUUUGUAUAAAUGUGUAUGUAUAUAAAAAAAAGUAUUAUCAAUGUCACUCUCUGGUUUCUUUUGUUGUUGCCUCGAACUGACUGGAUUUUACAGAAUGACAUUAGAUCACAUAUUAAACACACACAUGCUGUUUGCAAACUUAAUGAAUGUCAUGCUUGGGUAGGACAUCCCAGCUGAAAAAAGUGCACUAAAAUACACUUAAAUGUCUGUAAAGUGCUCCAUUGUAAGGUAUUGUACUUAAUAUACAAAAAGAAAUGUGUUUAGCCCCUUUUAAGUACCACUUAGGAACAUUUAUGUUUACUCAACUGUGCUAUUUUGAGACACCAUGAAUAGAAGUAGUAAAGUCUAUAUUUUUUGUCAAGUCAAUUCAAUUUUAUUUAUAUAGCGCUUUUCACAAAGUGCAUUGUUCCAAAGCAGCUUUACAGGAGAAAAUAAAAAUAAAAACACAGAAAAGGUCAAACACAAUACAGUGCAUGGUGUUUGUAGAAAAAGCAAGAUCAUUCUAGUAAAGCGAUGUUAACGGAAUUUACCGAACCUUUAAGCUAAUCUAAUAUCAGCAGUCUCCUGGUAAGCAAGCCAACACGGUCCUGGAGAGGAACCCAAACUCCAAUGAUAUUUUUAGUGUAUUAAGUGUAAAGAUAUUUUGAGGAAAGUUGGUAACCGAACAGCGCCAGCUGGGUGAAUGGGUGCCGGUUAACAACAUUCUUCAAAAUAUCUUCUUUUGUGUUCUGUGGAAGAAAGCCAUACAGGUUUGAAAUGACAAGAGGGUAAAUGAUGACAGAAUUUUCAUGUUGGGGUGAACUAGAUUUUAAUGUGUGAAAUAGAGCACUUAAACUGCACUUACAGUAUGUAAGUGUAAGUGACCGAUUGAAAUAAAGUGUCAUUUGUACAACUAUACAGUUUCAUUGCAUGGAGCAGCAUUUACACAAAAGUGAAUGUCAAUGAUACGAUGGACAGGGGCGCCACUAGCCAUUUCGGGCCCCCUACCGCACCAAACAUACAAGCCAAUUUCGAUUACAUUACUACUAGUACUCUAGUCUGUUACUACUAAUAAAGCAGAUCUCUGGGGGCCCCAAAAGUGUGUGGGCCCUUAGAAUGGUCCUAACUUUUUCCCCCUUAGCUACACCCCUGACAAUGGAUAACACAUUAAUGAAUCAUAUUGAUGUAAAGUCAUACAUAUGUUACCACAAAUCAUGAGAGUAAAUGACAAAAUUGUUAUUCCUGAAUAAAACUAUUCCUUCAAUAACAACAGUUGGCACAACAAUCAGAGAACAUUAUGCAAUGCAUCCUGUAUACAAUAUUUUAUAUAAAGUUAACAUAAAUCAGGAUUAAGUCCAAAAUCAAAGUCGUCAUGCAAGUCUAAUUUCCAUAAAAUACUUAUUUUACUAUAAUAUUUAGGUAAUAUCUAAGCUGCAGGCCAAAUCCCAAAAACUGAAUGUCUGACACCAUUACAAAUCACAAAAUUUGAUUUGGCAUAUUUGAUUUAGUUUAUUGCACAAAUUUACAAUAAAAAGUUGCAAAGGAUUCCAAAAGUGCCCCAUUGAGUAACUCUUAAGGAUCCACAAUGUCCCUUCUCUUAGCUUGAAUUACUCCCAUAAAUAUGUUGCAUGCAACAAUGAGAGGAAUCUGAGCAAGCAUUAUCCAAUGAUUUAAUGAACUCGAGGCUUUUGUAAUGCAAACAAGCGCACUUUAUGUUAUCUGUUGUUGAUGCGCUGUAACGAUCAACUCCAGAUGUCUCUUCGCCACCAUAAAAGAAGCCAAAUUCACUCGUAUUACGUUUCCCACAAUUUGCCCCACCAUUGUCGGGAAUGUGUAGACUUGUAAGUGCAUUUGUCUGUUCUUUUAUCAUAAAUAUAUAUCGUAGUCCACUACCACUUAAUGCAGAAAUGUCAGAAUAGCUGUAACUAACAGGGUACUCAAACCUGAACGGCGGUCAGAUGUUUGUGUGAGCUGGUUUAUGGAAAAAUCACAAUGUUUACACAGCCACUGUCCAUGACAGGCUGAACCAUCGCAGAGGGAUUUUAAACUGCAACAUUACAAAGGGCACCACUCAAAAAGCAAUCCAGACCAUAAAUGGUAAGGUUUUUCUGAUUAAAGCUACGCUAAUAAAACUGGGAGUUGUCUUGCAGCUCAUUGCCAAUAUAAAAGCACUAUUAAAAUAGUGAAGUCAGUACUUCGAGAGACAAUCAAUUCUGUUUGGACACAGGUUGAAAUUGUAAACACCGGAGAGGGGGUUUUCAUGAAAUUACAGCGAAUUGGAAGGAACGCCCAUCCACUCUUGCCUCAUGUCUGCUAAAAUCUCUUGUAAUCACAUCUUUCUAUUUGAUACGAGUAACCACAUGAACGCUUUUGCUAAAUUGUUGGACGGUAACUGAGGUGUGUUGGAACGUAACGUCUCCAAAACACUAUUAGUGAUUGAAGUUUAAAUACACAGCUGUUAAAACUCACGGGGGAGGAAAGGUUGAAUAAUGCAAACUUGAGCAUUCUUGGAUGGGGUUAGUUUUAAUAAAUGGCAUUAGAAAUCUGAUUAUUAACAUGUCAGUUUAGGUGCCGAUUCAGACAGGAUUGUGCAUUAACAGGUCAUGUGCGCUGUACACGUGCGUAUGUUUAAUCAGUUGUAACAUUACGUAAUAAUGAAAGGAAGUGAGAAUCGUACAUAACUGCUACCACAAUAGCAAUUUUUCACCCAUCGGACUCUCUUUAUUGAUAAAAACAAUAAACAUCGGAUGGGAUGCCAACAUCAAUUAACCCAUAAAAAAGCCAAAAAAGUUAGAUGAUAUGAGGUUGUGCAGGAGAGGAGUUGUAUGGGAUUAAAAUACAGUAAAAUGGACACCAGUCCCAUCUGAAAAAAAUGAAUCUUUUUGUGGCUGGUGUGCACAUGUCUAUACUGUAUAUGUAUGCGGGUGGGAUGUUAAGAUUUAUGGGCAGGAAGCUGCUGCCAUCAUAGCUCUCUCACAUAUGCACAUGUGAGAAAUAAAAUGACAUAUGCAGAAAAGGCAUUGUGUUCCAGAUUAAAUACUCAAAGAAGAUAACUGUGAUGGUUAUGAUUAAAGGCUCAAGCUGACAUAAAUGACACUGAUAAAUCACACGGCAAUUCAAAAUUUUACACACACACACAUACACGUUGUUAAAAAUCAUAUUAUUAUUAUCAUUCUUUAAACAAUUGCAAAAAAUGUACUUAUCAUUUGUAUUCACAACAAUCAUUACAUAACAAUUGAUGCACAAAGGUACAGUCUGCAUCUGCAAAAUAAAUAAAUGUGAAUACAGUACUAAGUUUAUUACUUUGAGUAUAUUCAAUGCAGACCGCUCUGUUGUUUCCCUCUUGGAGUCUGUUAUCCUCCUCAAUACAGAGUCACAGAGCAUCGCCCCUCUCACUCAUUGCUCUCAUAAAGGGAGGUGGUCCUCCAAUCCCUCGUGUUCCUGCUCUCUCACGCUCCUCAACACAUGCAACAGACCUGCCCACCACACAGGACACAAUGUGGCUCUCUGCGCUAUACAUAUGGGGAUGCCUGUUAGCAUUUUCAGCGUGUGACAGCUGCUCAGAGCCCGAGGACGCUGCUUCAUGGGUGAGACUGAAGCCCCUGGGGAACUGCGAGGACGAGGAGAACGUUUGCCCGUAUCGAAUCACGCUCCCUCCUCUCUCCAUCCAGCUGCCCAAACCCUUUAGGGAGCUGGAGAAGAUGUCCAAAGAGCUGCAGAACCUAAAGGAAUUGGUUAACCGGCUGAGAAGGGACUGUCAGGAGUGUAAGGAGAGGCAGCGGGUCGAGAGGGGUGGAUGGUGGGACCACGGUGAGGACGAGGAAAGGAGAACUCAAAGUGUGAAGCAGAAUAUGAGUAGCGCAGAGAGACAAAGUCACAAUGGUGAACAAAUGGUCCGGAUCGUCAUCUCACCACCACCACAAGGAGACACAGAAGAGAUCAAUCACUCCAGUUUGGAAAGACAAAGAUGGAAUAAUGACAGGUGGAGUGAUGCUGACCAAAUCACCAUUGAUCAGAGUUCUGAGAUGAGCAGAGAGGUUACAAUAUUCGAUCCCUCACUUGAAGAGACAUCAGAGGACAUCUACGAGGUAAAACAAGCAUUCUCACCUUCAACUGAAGAGACUGACACACAAAGAAAGAUCCAGUUGGGUGAAUUAAUCAAAUCUUCUGUUCCUAGAAGAACAGAUACUGUACAAUCUGUAACCCAUGGGUCUGAGAUGGUAAAAAUAUUUAAUCCCUCACUUGGAGAGAUUCCAGAGGACAUAUCUAAGGAAAAACAGGUGUUCUCACCUACAACUGAAGAGAGGGAGCGCACGUUUCAGGAAGCUGAAUUAUUAGAAUCCCCUAUUCCAAGAACAAAAGACUUCGUACAAUCUCCAACCCAUAGGAAACAACAGCCAAACAUGUUUCGGGAGAGAAAUUUAAAGAACAUCAGUGGAAUCUUAGCUGUGAGGAGGAGGGUGCAGAAUAUGACUGAUACGAACGGAUUAAGCAGCAAUUCAGGAGAUGCUAACACAAAGACAAUGGAUUUAAGCAUAUCAGCAGGAAACAGACGGAUUGUAAACUUUUCCAGAGCAGGUGGACCACUGAGGCCAAAGACAUACAUCAACAGCAGAACCAAAGCAAGCGAAGAAAACAGACUGAGGAACCCUGCGGCGGUGAGGAUGCAUUCACAAGGUGGGAACAAGACAGUCAAGACCGGACCAAUAGGAUCUGGUUUUUCUCCAGGGAGGAGUGGAGUUAUGCGGGUAAAGGAAAGUCUUCAUAUAGCAAACUCAAAUCCGGGUACGAACAGUGGAUUAACCAUUUCAACCCAUGAUGAAAAGAUAACAACGAUAAACCCAAAACCAGGCACAAACAUUGGAAUAAUAGGAUCAAAUGAAGAUGAAAAGAAUGCAAUAAGAAACCCAAAACCUGGCACCAACAGUAGACUAACCCAUUUAACAGAUCAAAAGAUAACAAUCAUAAACCCAAAACAUGGAACUAACAGUGGACUAAACCCAUCAACACAUGAUGAAAAUAUUGCAAUAGUAAACCCAAACCCUGGAACUAACAGUAGACUAACCCCAUCAACAGAUGAAAAGAUGACGACAAAACCAAAACCUGGCACUAACAGUGGACAAACUACAUCAACAGAAAAUGAAAAUAUGACAAUAAUAAAUCCAAACACUGGCAUUCAUGAACCCAUGACACCAACCACCAUAAACCCAAAACUUGGAACUACCUGUGAAUUAAACCCAUCAACUGAAGAUGAAAAUAUGGCAAAAAUAAAUCCAAAUACUGGCAUCAAAAUUGAACAAAUAUCAACAGAAGAUGAAAGGAUGACAAUAACAAGCCCACAACCAGUCACUAACAGUAGACUAACCCCAUCAACAGAUGAAAAGAUGAUAAUCAUAAACCCAAAACUUGGAACUAACAGUGGACUAAACCCAUCAAUUGAAGAUGAAAAUAUUGCUAUCGUAAACCCAAAACCUGGAACAAACAGUCAAUUAACCCCAUCAACAGAUGAAGAGAUGACAAUAAUAAACCCAAAACCUUUCACUAAUAGUCGACUAACCCUAUCAACAGAUGAAAAAAUGACAACAAACACAAAACCUGACAAUAACAGUAGAUUAACCACAUCAACUGAUGAUGAAGAUAUAGCAAUAAUAAAUCCAAACCAUGGCACAAAAAAUGGAGAAAUCAUAUCAACAGAAGAUGAAAAGAUGACAGCAACAAGCUCAAAAUCUGGCACCAGUAUUAGCCUAACCCCAUCAACAAAUGAAAAGAUGACCAUCACAAACCCAAAACUUGGAACUAACAUAAGACUAAUCCCUUCAACCGCUGAUGGAAAGCUGACAAACCCCAAACCUGGAACAAACACCAGAUUAACCCCUUCAACAGAUGAUGGAAAGAAGACAAUAACAAACCCCAAACCUGGAAUUAACAGUAGACCAACCCUAUCAACCAAAGAUGAAAAGAUGACAACGACAAAACCAAAACCUGGCACUAACAGUAGACUAUCCUCUUCAACAGAUGAAGGAAAGUCAACAACAACAAACUCAAAACCUAUUAGCAACAGUGGACUAACCCCAUCAACAGGUGGAAAAAGGAUAAUGACAACAAACCCAAAACCUGGAACUAACAGCAGACUAACCCCCUCAACACAUGUUGAAAAGAUGGCAAAAGAAGAACACACAAGUACAGAGUCCGAUCCCGGAACAGACUCUGAAAAUGACCUGAAAGAUGCAAGACAGGUGACUGUGGAUGGAGAGGAAAACUUCAGAAAGCUAAACAAAACUGUGAUUACAAGAGUCCCAACAAAUCUGAGGACAGAAGACCGGGGUGAUGUGAGUCACACAGCACAAACAACAAACAAGUCAAUCUUCAGUGUUAUGAACAGAGUCAAACAGCCAAACUCGAUUAAAGUAGAGAAUGAACAUAUGGGACUUAAUGCAAGUAUGGUUACGAGUAGCACGGCAGACAUCAGCCCCAGUGCAGGCGAAGCAGACUCGACUUUCCCAGGGAGACGGGUGGAUAAAGAAAACUAUCUAACCCCAAUUACAGGAACAAAGACUGAAAGUGGCCAAGAGGAUCUAGGGUCGACUGUUUUGGAUGCUUUUAAUGAAAGGGAGACUAAUCCACUCACUUCAGAUGAGACACAGAUGGGCACUUUCAUAGAGGAAGCAAAUGAGAAAAAAACUCCAGGGAGUGUUAAAAAGGACUUGUUGCGCAAUCCCAAAGUACCUCAGCUUGAAACAGAUCUGGUGAACCCCACCCUUGUCCCAAGUGUAAAGAUUACAUCAACAAAUCUUAAAGUAAGUACAACUAGUAAGACUGGCCAGGGAACAAGAAUUUUAAAACCUGGUUCAAUAUCUCAUAGGGAAGAUGUGGGAAACAUUCAGCCCACGAACAGCAAAACCAACAUCAGCAGGAUGCGUGAAGCGAGCAACGUGAGGUUUGUUAAAAAUAUCACACGAGUGAUGCCAAAACUCCCGAUACGGCCAGGCAGACAUCCAACAACCGUGAAUCCAUCUGGAGGACCUAAACUUCAUAUGAUCAACAAGAUGUCAGGAAACAGCAGUGUUGUGCUACCUUCUAAUUCUUCCAUCUCAGGCAGAAACGUCAAUUUUGGCAGGAGAAACAGCAGUGUAAUGAUGAAACCCAGUUACGUAAGGAGCAGGCCAAGUUUUCAAACCGAGCCAAACACGAGCAGAGGCUUCAAGACGAACGUAAGCACGGUGACUCAUUUCAUUACCCCCACUGGGGAAAUAUCUACUGAUCGUACAGAAGAAAUCAAACACAAAACACAGGCGAUGGGAUCACACGUGUUACAUAAAAACACCAGUACCGGGUCGAAAUCUCGAAACGCAGAUGAGGUACAAGAUCGUGUUGGAGGGCACAGCAGUGAAUCUGUCUUGACCUCAAAGGUUGUGUCUGGCACCGAGGUCUCCAACAACGAGAACUCUUUGCAUACUGGUGCAUCUGAUUCCCUCAAUGAUGGCAAAGAAAGCAAACAAUUUGCUUUGGAACCUACCGAUCAACACCCAUCCACACAACAAAAAGAGUUAUCAGGCGUAAAUCAAAAAAGUCAACCCGCAACCUCUAAUAACCCAAGAGUCUCUUUCACGGUCACGGACCAUGAAGAGAGCACAAAACACAUUCCUCCAGUGACAAUUAAACAUGAGGACAUGGUUAAAAACAUCAGUCAGGACACCGCCUCGACACCCAUAAGCUUUGAAAAUACCGUAGCAACCAGAGAACUGGAACUGAUCGAACUUAAUGAAGACAAAGUGCAAAAAUACUCUGGGGACGUUUUAUCGAAUCCAAACAGUGUCAGUGAUGUCCGAGGUAAUAACGGAGAGAGGUACACAAUUCCAGUUGUUUUGGAAACGCUCGCAAACGUUGAAGAAAUAAAGGGCUCGAAAGUUUUCUCACUUAGCCCUGAGGACACAGCUGAUGGAUUUAAAACGAUCGCAGUCAGAGAUGAGGUAACGCAGAAAGAGCAAGCAGAGAACAAGAUCCAAAGCACCUGUGAGGGUGACUGUAUAACCACACCAACCCAACAAACUACAACUCAGAGCAGGCCUGCGUUUGAGUCUGAAAGAGGAAGAGGACUGCCACAGGACUGCGCCGAUUACAUUACGAAAGCACGAAAGAAUGGCGUGUACAGAGUCACGCCACGAUCAAAGAACACCACGUUCUAUGUCCCCUGUGACAUGGAGACCUCCGGAGGGGGCUGGACAUUGAUUCAGCAACGCUUUAAUGGCAGCAUUAGUUUUAACCGCACCUGGGACGAAUACAAGAGGGGGUUCGGUAAACUAAUGGGCGAGUUUUGGCUCGGCAAUGACAAGAUCCACUGGCUGACCCAGGCGAGAAACAUGUCACUGCGAAUAGAGCUGGAAGACUUUGAAGGGGUCAGAGAAUAUGCCCAUUAUGACCACUUCCACGUGGCCAACGAGAGCCAACAAUACCGCUUGUCCAUUGGUGGUUAUUCCGGUACAGCUGGCAACGCCAUGCAGUUUAAUGAGAAGUACAAUCACGAUCAGAAGCUCUUCACCACGCCUGACAGAGAUAAUGACCUGUAUCCUUCUGGAAACUGCGGAGCUUAUUACAGCUCCGGCUGGUGGUUUGAUGCCUGCAUGUCUGCCAACUUAAACGGCAAAUAUUAUCACACUAAAUACAAAGGGGUGCGGAACGGGAUAUUUUGGGGGACAUGGCACAAUAUUACAAUGGAAUAUUAUCCAACCAAUGUAAGACAAUCUUUUAAGACUGUCAGAAUGAUGAUCAGACCUCGAAGCUAUGCAAACUAAAAUCUAGC